AUGCGGACGAACUCGGCGUAUUCCGGCCUGCUGCGUGGCUGUGACCGAAAGCGUAUGUUACUUAGGCGUACACCAUGCCCAGUCUUUCCGCGGUGCGGCAAGAUCAUCUCCAGACAGUUUUGGCGAAACAUGAGUGUCGAUGCGGCGUGGCAGAAUGUCAGCUUUGGGUUGUAAAUGGGGCAGUGCUGUUGCUCGAGCGUUGAGUUUCGGCUCCAUUUUCAAACGAGCAUCCAACUGCACGCCACGCAUUUGUCCAAGACGGCCGCUUGGGGGAAUGUGCAAUCCAAGAACACACGCGGCAUUUCGCAAAAGGGUCCCGCAGACCAUUAUUUUAAGGGGCGCCCGCGCUCUUCGAGCAUGAUCUAUGCACCACAAAGUCCUUCGCGACACAUACUGCGACAGCUCUACUCCACCACUCCUGGAACGAUGGACUCUGAGAAGACCCAGCAGACGCCGCCUCCUUACGGUACGACAGGCCAACCGGACGAGGCAGAGCAGCUACUACGUCGAAUCGAACACAACAUCAACGAAUUCGACGCAGGUACUUUCACCGACAGCGCGUUGAAGGAGAGCCGUCGACUCGCCAACCUCCUGACCUUCAUGCUGGCUGUUGACUACCAGCGGAACACUAAGGCUGCUCUCACCGCGGAAGACAGAGACCAUUACGCCACCAUAUCAGGCUGCCUCGACAAGCUGCGCACGGCACACGACCACACGCUCCUCACGGCCUCCGAGCGCUCUACGCUAGCGCCAUUCUUCUGGAAAUACUUGCACGAACCUUGCCAGGUGCUUGCGCUCCCUGUGGAAUGCGCUAUCCGCGCCAUCCAAAGCUUUUUUAAGUAUACAUCCUACAAUGGUCAAUACAAAGGCUCAGUGUAUGGAGUGUUGCAUGAUCGAGGCCUCGACGGGUUAGCGUACAAGCUCUACAUGGACAGGUCCGUCGUGAUUCCACGCACGAUAUGCGAGCCAACCUCUCAAGAAGACCUACUACGGGGCAAUGCAGCCGUUGGAAGCAUUUACUUCACAGGGAUCUCCGGCAUCGAAUGCUCUACGUCACGGUCCGAUUCCUACAGUGGGUGGAGCGUGCAGUACACCAUAUCUUACACGCUCAACAAGCGAGGCACUGCGUACAAGGUGUGUCGUUGUGGAGCCACAACCACGGUCGAGAAUAGCGUAGGCUUAUCGCCUAGCCACUGGGCGCACAGGAUCAAGGCAUUGACGAACCAUCUUCUUAUGAGGAAGGAGAUAUCUGCGCACGACAAGAAGAUGAGCGAUCUACGGCAGUGGCCGCUGGGCUGGAAGCUCUUGACGGCCACACGGUCCACACACUUACCCGACUUCUUUGAGCAAAGGGCGCGCAAGGAUUGCUGUGAGAUGUAA